AGCGCUCAAAAAGAUAUAUUUUUUCAAAAAUUCCCAAAACCAAUCUCUUUCAUUUUUCAGGAUUCGCCGGAACCCGAGGACGUGUGUUUAAUAGACUUUCAAAUUUACCGCUUCGCCUCGCCAGCCCUCGACAUUCACUACCUGAUUUACAGCUCCACCAAUCAGGAGUUACGUGACGAGUACUACGAUCGUCUCAUUCGCGAUUAUUACGAUUCCCUGGCCGAAUAUCUCAGGGAACUUGGCUCCGAUCCGACAGCUCUGUUUCCGUUGGACGUGUUGCGGGAUCAUUUGACGAAAUUCGGCUCUUUCGCCGGUGCUAUUGCUGUAAUUUUGCUUCACCUCAUAACCGCGAAUCGCGAGGAAGCGACGGAAGUUAACGAGACGAUGAACGACGUGGAGAAGCUGAAGGAACGUGUGAUGAACGACACGCAUUAUCGCGUAACGUUGCGCGACGCUUUUAAAGAUAUGAUUGAUCGCGAUUAUAUAUAAUUAAAAUACCGCAAGCACCAGCCCUUAUCACUUCCAUUGAUAUCGCGGGAAAUUCCUACCCGAUAGCAAUCCGAUACUAGCUGCACCGGUAGGGUAAUCUGGGCCUAGGCCCAGUCAGGGGCGGCUCGCGUAAAGGCACCACCCCCUAUUUACACUUGACAUUGUCAAUGACGUUCAAUAUAGUCAUUUUUUUUUCUUUAAUUUUUUCUCUAUAUUUUUACGAUAUAUAAUAAAUUUUCUUUUUAUA